UAUAAUGCAUCCAGCUUAAAAGAGUUACCGUGCCAAAUAUCUAAUCCUGUUCCAGUGAAAGAGGGCGCUGGUGUUGGAUGCUUGAAGGAUGUUGAUUCGAUGGCAAUGCCUGAAGUUUCAAUGCUAUAUGAAUUGGUUCAGGCAGGACUCACUUCCAUACAUGCUUUUGUUGGGGUGGUAGUUCGUCUGAGGAAGGAAUCGUCACUUGUGAAAGCUAUACCUAUCCUUAUUACAAAAAUUGAUCAAGUGAGGUAG